GCCCCCAGUCGUCCACUCCAAAUCGAAGUCGUUUCGCUCGCUGGGACUUUUUGUUGGGAUUGGGAAGUACAAGUGUCAAUGUCCCAGGAAUCGAUUCGAAGUCGCGAGUGCGAAACGACUUCGAUUUGGAGCAAAACGAUUGGGGGCGAAAAGGUCAGGGAGCGAGAUGACCGGAUACCUCAAAAUGGCCAUCAAAUAAAUCUGGCCGGCCGAGAAGACACAAAUAAAACCACUGCAGGACUAAAAUCUAUGUGCCGAAAUGUUUAAAAAACUAAAGCAGAAGAUAGAGCAAGCAGGGGACCAAUCCUCUGCCAAACCUCAAACUCCUCCUCACCCGCAAUCACAGGGAGAUCAUAGGACUUCCAAUUCUACACCUGGUUUAUCUCUGAACAGUAGAUCUGAGCCAAAGCCAGUUAUUCCCAAGCCAUCCACACCAUCACAGACUCAGGCCGAAACACCCCCUCCAAAGGCAAAGGGUGCUUCAAAUUUAAUCAAUUUUGACGAUGGCCCAGAUCCUCCAAUCCGAAACACUGAGGUUGCUCUCACAUCAACACCACUAGCGACACCUGACCAUGGUGGGGCAAACAACACACCAGCUACACUGCUCGUCGACGUCUUCCAUUCACCACCUGACAGAGAUGCUCCGAGUUCUCGUGAGCGGCGUGAUUCGAUAAGUUCGGAGGUCAGCGAGAGUUCGUUCUAUUCACCAGGGACACCUAGCCGUCAGUAUGUUCCGCCGUCGGAUAUUGAAAGCGAGGUUGACGAACCCUCGUAUGACUUGGACGGUGUCAGAAAGGAGGAGAUAUUUCAUCACCUUCAGAAAGCCGUGGCCAAGAAUAAGAGAUACAAGGCUAAAUUUACUGAUCUCAUGAAUGCUUACAAGGAGCUGGAGCAUGAUAAAGACAAGUUGAAAAACACUCUGACCACGACACAGGACAAGUCUCUGCGGAGGAUAUCCGAGUUGAAAGAACAGUGUCAGCUCGACCAGCUGGCCAAGCAGGAUCUGGAGCAGAACUAUCGACUCAUGUUAGAAGAGAAAGACGAGUUGGUGCGGGUCUUGCAGACACAGAUUAAGUUAUUGAAAGAUGGUAAGGACACCACUGACCAUGCUGAAGAAGACGAUGCUGCCAACACUAAUGCCCUCAAAGAAAAGAUCAAAAGGCAAGAGAUCCUCCUGAACAAAUGCAAGGACACUAUCAGUAAAAACAAGGAGAAAUCAGCUCAGCUGAAUAGUGAGAAGGAGGGGUUGCAAAAGCAGAUCGAUGACUUGAAACAAGAAGCUGAGACCAUGAAGAGCUCCGAAGGCGAAGAGGUUCACAAGUUACGAAGGCAAAUCAUCGAGGCGAGGAACCUGAUUGAGGAUCUCGAGACGGCCAAAGAUCUCGGCAUUGCCGAGACGAAACAGCAGAUGCAUCUGGCGCUGGAGGGGAAGGACGAUGAACUGAAGAAGCUGCGCGAGACGUGUCAGAGUCUGAUGGAGGAGGUCACCACAUUGAAAGAGACCAAUGAGAAGUUAGAGAAAACAAACAAAGACCACCUGGAGAAAUCUCGCGAGAUCAUCAAAAGGUUACAGGAGGAGAAGAAAAAGGUGAUACAGGAAGCCCAGGAGAAGAUAGAGGCUGCAGACCAGUCGAUAGAGAAGGAGAAGGAAGGCCUAUUCCAUGAACUCUCCAGAGGCAAGGCUGAGGCUAUCAAGCUAUUACAGCAAGAGACUGGCAAGAAGAUUCACGAGGCAGAAACGAUGCAAGAGGAGGCCUUGUUACAGCGGGAUCUGGAAUGGGAGAAGAAGCUCGCUGAUAAGGUGCAGGAAUACAGGGAGACAAUUGCUGCCAAGGAAAAGGAAACCGAACAUGCCCUCGUUCAGAAACAAGAGGACUACCAGCGCCUCCUGGAGGAGAAGGAAGACGAGAUGAAACUGGCGAUUGAAGAACGUGAACUCCAAAAGAUGGCAGCACUUAGUCAACAGGACAACAAGAAAGACGAACUCCAGAGGGAGUUGGAUGAGAUGAAAAUGACGAAAAUUGAACUUGAGAAUACCAUCCAGAAAAUAAGUGAUGACCACAGGGCCAAAGUUGCAGACUAUAUCGUUCAAAUUGAGGAAAACUCUACGCGAAAUAAACAAAAGUUUGACAAAAUUAUCAGCAAACACAAAGAAGAAAUUGACAAGAUCAGAGAUGAAAAUCAGAAGGAGUACAAUACAAAAAUAGAAGAAAUGAAACAAGUCCACCAGCAAGAAGUUGACAAGUUAGUUGAAAAGCAUGACUUGAUGAUGCAGGGGACGAAUUCUGAGAUUGAGACGCAUUAUAAGGAGCAGAUUGAAGCUUUGAAGGCGAAGCAGGAGACAGCGCUGCAGGAGAAGAUGUCACAGUUGGAACACUUGCAAGCAGACGUCAGUGAUUUGAAGCAAAAGGUAGAAGAUUUGGAAACGACGCUGAAGAAUCGCACGGAAGAUUUCGAGGGAAGGGUGACGAAGUUGGAGGCAGAGUUAGACAUUGAGAAAAACAAUUGUGAUAAAUUGAUCAAGGAUCGUGAAAAUUUGCAGCUGCAGUUCGAGACGCGGAUAUCAGAGUUGGAGAGUGCGCUGGAGCAGACGACUCAUGGGAAGGAAGAUGCAGAGCGCAGGUGUGCUGAUUUGGCGACGGAAAUUGCUACGUUGAGAACGGAUUUUGCAGAGAAGGAACGAGAACUGGAAGAUAUGCGGAAUGACUUUGAGAAGACAAGAAGUGACCUUGAAAACAGGCUUGAGGUCAAAGACAGAGAAUUUCAACAGAGCGUCGCAAAUAAUGAAGAACAGUUGAAAUGUGAGAAAGAAAAUCAUGAGAAGGAAAUAGCAAGAUUUACGGAGGAAAAAGAACAAGAAAUGGAGCGUGCUCAUGAUGACCUUGAGCAUGUGAAAACUGACCUUGGGAAUAAAUUGGAGGCCAAAGAGAAGGCAUUGCAACAUAGUAUUGAGCAGUAUGAAGAGCGACUAAAGUUUGAUAGAGAAAACCAUGAGAAAGAAACGGCGAGGCGAGUUGAGGCCUUAGAGAUUCAGCAGCAGAGUUCUGUGAGCGAGGUCGCCAGUGACUUGGGAAAUAAGUUACAAGAGGCAAAUGACACCAUAUCAAAUUUAGAAAAAUCUAUUCAGGAUUGGACCCUGAAGACGCAUGAUUUAGAAAACCAUAUCGAGGUCGUCAAAACAGAAGCAGAAAACCGCUUCACUGCAGAGAACGAGGUCAGGGUUUCUACAGAAGAAAAGUUGGUUGCAUGUGAGAACCAUUUGAAAGAGGCCAGAGAACAGAUCGAAAGUUUGGAAGGAGAUAUAAAGGAACGGCUAAAAGCUAUUGCGAGUUUGGAGCAGGUGAAGAAUGAGUUGGAUUCAGAUAUUGCCGGUUUGAAGAAAACAAUUCAAGACUUUGAACAUAUUGUUUCACAGAAGGAGGAGGAGUUAGAGUCUGUAAAGCAGACGGUUACAGAACUUACUGAAAAAUGUCAACAACUUGAAACUGAUUGUCAGCAGAAGGUCGAGGCUGUUGCUGGCCUUGAGCAGACGACAGUUAACCUGGAGCAGACGAUAAAAGAUUUGGAGGGAAGUUUGAGUGAAAAGAAGGAGCAGUUGGGUACUGCAAAUAGCAAAGUUGCUGAGAUGAUUGAGAAAGUUUCACAGCUUGAAUCCGGGCACAUUGAAGGACAGUCACAACUUGAACAAAUUAGGGACCAACUGGAGUCUGAGAUAUCAUCAUUGAAGGAGUCUUUGAGUCUGAAAGGUGAGACACUUGUUCAGAAGGAACAGCUAGUUUCUGAAUUUGAACUGAAAGUUUCUGACUUUGAACAGAAAUGCAAUGGUUUAGAGGAGGCAAGGUUAGAUCUUGAGACAUUGAGGGCUGAACUCGCUAAGGAGGUUGAGGAGUUGACGAACCAGUGUCAGUCUCUCCAAAAUGAGAAAGGAGGGUUAGAUAGUACCUUGACUGAGAAAGAUUCUGUUGUUUUGGAGUUACAGAACAGAACGAGUGACUUGGAGCUAGAACUGAAGUCAAAACUGGAGGAGUUGGAUAAUUUGAAGUGCGAGUUUGAUGGGAGGAGCCAAGCUGAUGUUGAAAGGCUGAAGGCCCUUGAAGUGAGCUUGGAAGAGAAGAACCAGGUUGUUGAGGACUUGAAGGUCAAGGUGGAAAGUCUGGAGGAAGAGUUGUUGAAGAAGAGUUCAGAGAGUGAUGAAAAGGUGGUGCUGUUGAAUGAUUCGCUGAAGGAGAUGUGUUGCACUUUGGAUGAAAAGACGUCUGCUGUGGCGAAUUUGGAAGAAUCAUUGAAAGCACUGAAUGAAAAGUUGAAUGAACAGCAGCAGCACUUUGAUGCUAAGGAGAAGGACUUGAAGGAAAACAACAAGAAUAAUUUGGCACAGCUCAAAGAGGAUGCGAAGGCAAAGAUAAAUGACCUGCGGAAACAACUGCAUGAGAAAACUGAAGAAAAUGAAUCGGCCACAAACAAAUUAGCUGAAAAAAUUGUUGAACAUGACACAAAAUUGAAGUCAGUGGAGGAGAAUUAUCUUCUCACGAUUGAGAAUUUGGAGACAGAAAAUGAGCAGAAGUUCAAGGAUUUGACGGAGAGGCUUAACAGCGAGAAACAGGAGAUGAAGCUUGGUUUUGUUGAGCAGAUUGCUGCGUUGCAGGGGAACGUGGAGGCUGAGCAGCAGAGAUUUCAGAAGUUCCAGGAGAGCGUGAAGGGGAAGUUUGAAGAUCGUGAGGUGAAGUUCAAGGAAAGUUUCGGCAAGUUGAAGGAGAAGUUCCACGACAAAUUGAAAACGAAAGAGGAGGAGUUUGCACAUCAGUUGGAGGCGGUGACCAAUGAUAAAUCGUCCGGGAUGGAAGUGGUCAGUCGAAAUCUUCAGGAGGCGAGGGAGGAGAUGGAAAAACUGAAGGAGGAUUAUGAGAAUCAAUUGAAAGAAUCGGCAGACGACAGCCAAAGAAAGUUGCAGCAACUCCAGGAACAUUUCAAUCUGAAGAUUUCAGAUUUGGUGGCUAAAUCUGAAGCAGACGUGAAGGAGUUGAUUGAAAAGCAUGCAAGUGAGGUGUCUGACCUUGAGAAAGGUAACGAGGUCAAGGUCAGUGUGGCUCAAGGCGAAUUGAAUGACCUUCAGAAACUUCAUGAGGAAAGGGUUGCUGAACUUCUGGCAGAGUUGGAUGAGCUGCAGUCACUGAAAGAAACUAUGCACGAAAUUGAAACCAAGUUGCAUGAAAAGGAGCGUGAGGUUUCAGAAUUGCGCGAAAUAUCUGAAAAGGUGCAGAUCGAGAAAAAUGGUGAGAUGGAGGCAUUGGUGGCCAAAUUGCAGGAAAGUGAAAGACAAGUUCAAGAUCUGGGAGAAAAGUACAAACGGGAUUUGACGGAGAAGGAAAAUCUUUUGAAGGAUCUAGAAGAGAAACUAAAAGACGGUGAUGCAGUCCAUCAGGAGUUGGAGGUCAGAGGUCAAGAAGUGGUGACCUUGAACCAGGAGAUGGCGACCUUGAACGAAUCUUUGGAGGAAAAGAACUCGGAGGUCGGCAAUCUUUUGGAAGAGUCUAAGAGUAAGGAUGCUAGGGUUGCAGUUGCAGAGAACAAGGUUGCAGAGCUUGAAAGUGCUGAUGAAAUUUUGCAGACUCAGCUGAAAACUUUGAAGGACUCUCUGACAAGUGCAGAGGAGAAACUACAGGAGUACAUCACAUCGUAUGACACGUCGAUCGAAGGGUACAAGUCCAAGGAGGAGUCGCUAUUGAAAAAGAUUGAGCAGCAAGAGGAGAAGUUUUCAGGAGAGUCUGAGGUUUUGCAGACGCAGCUUAGAGUGUUGAAAGAUUCCUUAACAAGUGCUGAGGAAAAAUUACAGGAGUAUAUUGCGUUGUAUGACACUUCAAUGGAAGCAUACAAGUCGAAGGAGGAAUCGCUGAUGAAAAAGAUCGAACAGCAAGAGGAGAAAUAUUCCGAGGAGAUUGAGAUGUUGAAAAAACAAGUCUACGACAUGGAUGAGCAGGCGAAGAUGAACUCUGCGGAGCUGCAGGGUUCACUACAGGAGAAAGUGCGGGAAGGGGAGCAGAAGAUACUGGAGGCUCAUGAAGAGCAUCGGAAGGAGGUGGAGAAUUUGGAGAAAACCUGGCAGGAAAAAGUCCAGGUUUUGAAGCAGAAAUAUGGGGCUAAGUUCAAGGACACUGUUGGGGGGUAUUCGACACAAAUUUCUGAACUUGAAUCUGAGAUGGAGAGAGUGAAGGCUGAAAAGGAGAGUUUGGUUCAAGAAAGUGAUCGCCUGGGGGAGAGGUUGAGGGAAGUUGAGGGUGAGGUUGAGACAUUGAAAGGUGAAAAAUCAUCUGUGAUAAAUGACUUGGAACAGGCGACCGCCAGAUUGUCGGAAUUUGAGCAGAAUUCUAGCAGUCUGAUGUCGAAGGUUUCCGAGUUAGAAAAAGUGAUCUGUGAUCGAGAUGGCCUGCUUGAGGAGAAAUCUGCCGAAAUUUCUACAUUGAAUGUUGAGCUUUCAAAUCAUUCGCAAACUGUUGCUGAUCUUGAGCAUAAGAUUCAAGAAUUAAACCGCAAACAUUCAGUGGAGAUUGAGUCGUGCCAGAAAUCUUCGGCAGAGGGUCUCGCCACAGAGGCAGCCAGUCAAGCGGCUAGUCUCGAGCAGGCUAAUUCACAUGUUAGGGAGUUGCAGGAGACUUUAGAAAAUUUGAAAUCUGAGAAAUCGUGCUUGGAAUUGUCUGCUCAAAAGUUGGAUGAGUUGAGCAAGACUCAUGGUGAACUUGUAAACAAAAAUGACUGUUUGGAAAAGGAACAUUCUAGUCUGAAAGUGGAACAUGAAAAAUUAUCACAGACUGUGUCGGCUCUAGAAACAGGGAAAGUAGACAUUCAGAAAGAUUUGGAUGGACAGAGUUCAGAGUUAGAAAAAUUACAACAACAUUUUGAUGAAAAAGUGUCUGAGCAUGGGAAGGUUUUGACAGAAUUGAGAGCUGAGCAUGAACACCUGGUGUCUGAUAUGAGAGCAGACUAUAAGGAAAAGAUGCAAAAAUUGGUUGAUGAGGGCAAUGCCAAGUUGGUUGAUUUGAAGAAAAAGGCGGAGAUGAAGCUUUCUCAGAUUAAGAAACAGCUCCAGGGGGAUAAAGAAGGCGCAUUUGAGGAUUUGAAUGCGUUGUUGUCAAAGACACAGGACCAAGUGACGGAGUUGGAAAAGCAAGUGGAUGCUCUUCGGAAGGAGAGAGAGGACUUGGGGACAGAGUUAGCGGAGUCAAAAGAGGAGAAGGAUAAGUUGAAGAGAGAGCUCAAUGAAUAUGUUGAGAAAAAUGAAAGUGAGUCUUCUGAAGUUGUAUCGAAGUUUGAAGCGAAGCAACAGUUGGAACAAAAACUAAAAAUGUUGAUUCAGAAUUUGAAAGUUGAGAAAGAGGAAUUGAAUACGAAGAUUGUGGAAUUGGAAAAGAAUAAGUCUGAUCUGGAAUCGAAAGUGAAAUCAUUGGAGAAGGAGUUGGCGUUCUCAAAGGAGAAAUACGAGGUGAAAUGUGGCGAGUAUGAUGUAGAUCUCAAGACGAUGAAGUUCGAGCACGAAAAGGAGAUGAAGGAUUUGCGUGCGGAGACUGAGGGGAUGGUCGAAGACAUGCAGACCACGAGUAACUCCAAACUGAAGCAGCUCGUCAGAGAGUUUAACCUGAAGAUUGCGGAGAAGGACAAAGAAUACCACGACCUGUUCAACAAUGCCAGUGAAAAGAGUCAGCGAGUGGAGGAGAGGGCUCACCAUGAACAUAAUGAGGCAAUGGAGGAAUUGAUGAAGGAUCUCCAUGAGAAGGACGUCCGCAUGGAGGAUAUGAUGCACGAAUAUGAGCAAAAGUUGAAGGAUAAGGAUAACGAGUUGAGGGGUACGGUUGACGAACUCCGACGAGAGAUUGACCGCCUUGAGAACAUCCUACAGCAGCAGGAGGAUGACCAUGCAGCAGAGUUACAAGAGAUGGAGGAGAGGGUGCAGGGCCUGGUCGAGGAGAGAACGCGGAAACGUGACGUCAUUCACAAAGAGGAAGUGACGGCAUUGACGCAUGAAUGGGACAUGGAGAGAAAGCCCACAGAUGGCGCUAAUGAUGCUGCCGCAGUCCUGUACACCACCGAUGCAUAUCUAGAGGAACUAGUGCGACAGAACCAGCUGGCCCUCGCUGCCAUCACCAGCGGGUCGAGUAGCGGAGGCAUGUUGAGAAGCCAAGUCAUACAGCUGUCGAAGGAACUGGAGGAUCUCCGAGCAAAGCACAGUCUGCAACUUGCCGAGGUCCAGGGCAACAAGGAGAUGGUGUUGGGAAAACUCCCGCCACCACUGUUGUCCAUGAAAGCGAUGAGGAAUGCCACGGAGGGCGGGGAGGACGUCGACGAGUUACAGCAGCUCGAGUUACAUAACAUGAACCUUCAGGCUCAGGUGUCGCAGAUGAAUGGAGAGAUGGCUCAGCUGAAGAUACGAGAGCGAGAAAUGAUGCAGCGGCUUGAGCAUUCUCAGGGUCGUCUAAGUGCCUACGAGCGUGGUGAGACGCCCCCGCCUAGUCCCUAUGCAUCCAACAACUCUACACACGACUCCGCCCCAUCAUUCCAUGAGCCAACAGAAGCUGAAUACCUCCGCAAUAUUUUGUACCAGUAUAUGCUUGGCAAGGAGACAAAGACGCUUGCUCGAGUCGUUUGCACAGUUUUAAAGUUCUCCUCUGACCAAACAAGGAAGGUGCUAGAACGUGAGGAGGCAAAGUUAGCGCCCUAAUUCUGGGAUGCUUAUUUUAACAACUCAUGGGUUUAUUUGGUAGUCCUUGAAAGUAGGAGACGAUUCCUCUGCAAUAAAACCAAGAUGUUCCAAUAUUCUCGAGAUGCCAUAGAAAACAUGGACGAAACAUUCCAGAGACGUGCCUCAAGUAUAUCCGCUAAACACAUGUCUCCCUAACCUGUCUGAUGGUCGUGUUGGAGAGGAUUGCCAUGAUAAAGGCUUGCCGGUUCAUUUUGGUUGCCCAAGAUCUCUAUCUUGUUCUUUCCAAAAACCAAACAGAACUUGGCUAAAAUACUGUGUAGGUAGAGGGAAGAAGUCACAUUAAAUUAUAAAAUUCACGCUUAAAUUAUAAAAUUUUCCUUAUUGGUAAUUUCUUCAUCGGUAUAGUAUCAAAAUCUUCUGUAUGGGUAUUUAAAAAGAAUUCUCUUUUUGUCUCAAAGUCUUGCCUAUUGCUUGAUAAAUCUUGCCGGAAUUGUCUACACAUUCUCCUUGACCUGUCAAGACUGAGUACCUUCAUACACGCACAAUGUACUGUGUUGAUUCGUUCUAGCCGGCUGAGGGGGCCUGUAUGAAAGUACUGUUGACGUGUUAUUGGCCUAUGUGAAACCAGCUUAAAUCCAUCAGUGCCGUAUCUUGGUUAUUCAUGAAAGGUAUCUUGGGGUGUAUUCAAGUAUGUUAAUUUCAUGAGUUUCAAGAAUUCUUCAGUAGCAACUGUGAUAUUAGUUGAACCAACUUCACCAUAUGUUGAAACACUAUUUGCUGUUCUAAAUGCCAGCUUUCCACAGUUUUUCUUGUAUUGGAGUGGUAACCUCAUCCCCAAGGAUGCAAUGAUGCUACCUCUCCUAUACUUGCUCUGUGCUGGACAAACAGGUCCAAGCUCCCUGGGUUUAGAUUGCAUGAAAAUAUUCUGUUCUGUCUUAUGAUGUAAAGUUUGUCAAAAUGCAAAUCUACAUGUAUGUUAGGAUUAGAUAUCAGAGAAUUCUGUCCAAAACUGUUAUAAAGUUGAGUUAUAGAUAUGUAUUCCCACAAAUAUAUAUAGCUUUUAUGUUAAUAUGCCAAACUGACAUAAGUUAGAAGAGUAAUGUACUAAAGUCUAUUCAUGGUCUGUUUGUUCUCAAGGCCUGUAUAAUUUAUUUGUUAUCCUAGCUGUUAGCUCUUUGAACCGUAAUUGUGGCAUGAAACAGGUAUACCAAUUUGAAUCUGUUGAUCCUAGGACAUUAUAUACAUGUCUCAUUGUGUGAAGUGUCUCCAUCUCUGGUGUUGUACAUCCGUAGCAAGACUCAACUAUGAUUCCCUAAUGGCAUAGAUUUAACACCUUCAGCGCCGAACCACGUAGAUCUACGUGGUCCAAAUCCCCCCUCUUUGAGCUGGUUAUCGGAGUCUCAUGGCCUUCAUGUAAGAACUACGCCAUCGCCAUCUUCAGGGUAAGAGAGGAACUGAAAAGACCAAACGGUCUUACCAGUUCCUACCGUGCCCUGAAGAUGGCGAUGGCGUAGUUCAGAACUUGAAACAACUUCAUGAAAGAGCUACGCCAUCGCCAUCUCCAGGGCAAGGUAGGAACUGGAAAGACCUCUUGUCUUCAGUUCUGUGGGAGGGGGAUUUGGGGCACGCUGGUUCGGCGCUGAAGGUGUUAAUAUAAAUCGGUCAUCGUCAUUUUAAAAUCCAUCUCUGCCUUUCUGCUAAAUGUAUGAGUAAAUGUAAAACCUGAUCAGUAUUACUCUUGUGAUAAGGUGUCUCUGUCGGAUUAUAAGGUGUCACUGUCAAUCUAUUUUGUCCUAGUUGAAGUAACCAGGAGUUGGAAGUUGACCUAUUUAUAUUCUGUCUUAAAGGGGAGUUGCUGUUGACCUCUUCUGUCAAGAAAUGGAGUGAUAAUCUAUUCUCUUAAACGAACCUGUGGUGUCUUUUUCUUUUCUAGACUAUAUCGCAUAUCAGGCACAUCAUUCCAGGAAAAAAUAUUGAAAAGCCGAAAUACAACAUUCAUAUAUGUAUGGUACACUUUAAAAAGUAACCCGGUUGAAAAUGAUUUUGAAUAUCUUUUAGCAGUUUUGUAAAUUUUGCUUUUGUGAAAUGCAUUUCAUCGUUAAUGCUUACUAGUUUGCUUGCGAUGUCCCCAUGAAAUGGGUCUGAAUGAUUGUUCCAAUGAUUGUCCCAAUGAAGGUUCAUUGGUUGUUUAUGAUGACCAAAUUUAUUGCAAAGAUUAAUUAUCUUUGCUCAAGUGUUUUUGGUGGCUAAGGGGUUUUAAGUGUUGUAUGUACGGUAUGAAUUAUGUAUCAUUCAUCUUGUAUGAUAUCAUUGUCAAAAAGGUUGUAAAUAUUACAAAUACAUAUAUAAAAGGAAUAAAUAUA